AUGCAUGAUCCAUUAACUUGCCCCGCAUUUCUGCCUACCUACCCUCCAGCAUGUGCCGACAAAACGGUGGAGACGGACGUUAUUGAUUCUGCAUGGGUCAAACACGUUUUUUUAAUCACUGUACAAGACAACUUGGACGAUCCGACGGUGUUGACUUCUAUGGAUGUUGGUUAUGACAUGCUAGACGCACCUAAAUACCAUCAAUUACUUGACUUAAUCAGGGCGAAUGUUACAGAUCAACGCCGCUAUCAACAUCUUUGCCGGGGUGUGUUGUCCUUAAACAUAUCCAAGCCCAUCCUGUUCGAUCUUCAGCUAGAGUACGCAUAG